CUUAUUGUAUUUGUAGACUGAAAAAAAUCCAAUAGCAUAGAAGAGAAAGGGUUAUAAUUUAUAAACAAUCAGAAACCAGAAGACGAGGAGAAGUGGCUGGCGGAAGGAAAUCGCCGGAAUCCAGCACAACGCUUUCUUCAUGCAUCGCGCCUUGGCCGCAAGUGAUUGUGAUCUUGAGCCUGUUGCUUAUGAGUUUUUCACUCGAGCAUUUAUAUUAUACUGAGGAAGAAAUCGCGGACUCCAAGGCACAGGUCACUGCAAUUCACCUGAUUGUUGGAACCUUGCAAAGGAUCAAUGUCUUUGGUGUCGAAAACAGAGACACCUUGACUCAUAAAGCAACCGGGUACUCAGCAAGGCUUUUAAAGAAGCCUGAUCAGUGUCGAGCGGUUUAUGCAUGUUCUCACCUCUUCUCGGUCGAUGAUCUAGAUGGCAUCAAAGAUGGAGAAAGAGCUCUUCUAUGUUUAAGACGUGCACUGAGGAUAGCAAACGCAGCCCAACAAAUGGCUAAUGCAACCCGAGGUAGCAGCGGACCAGUCACGUUGUUUGUCGAGAUCUUGAACAAGUACAUAUAUUUCUAUGAUAAAAGGGAAUCCACGUAUAACUCCAUCUGAUAUACAGUCUCUGAUAGAGUUGAUCAACACGGAGAUGCAAAGCGACAACAACGGUAACACAAGAACCCACUCAGAUCCUUUCUUUACAAGCACAUUGCGUUACAUGAGGUUCCAAAAACAGAAAGGUGGCUUGAUGGGUGACAAAUAUGAACUUAUUAAGUUGUGACUUGUAUCCUCCACAGUUUUGAAAUCAAAUCCUCAGACCUAAAACUCCAUUUUUUUAAUGGAAGUUCAGAAGAAAUUGUUGUCAACAUUGAAAAGUACACGUUUGGUUUCUUUUCUGUAAUUUUUUAGUCUCUUUUGUUACUAAUACUCUAUCUCUAUUGUGUA